UUGCUGGGGCUCCGAUGUCAAGGACAAAAGAAAAAGUCUGAUUCACUCCACUCGUGAUUCCUGACCAGACUUACGGGAAGGUCUCUGGAUCUCGAGCUGCCCCGGGUCAAACAGCAGUGUCCAGCCUGUCAGGCUUGCGGUGCCCCAAGUCAGACGACCCCCCAAGUCAGGCGGCCCCCCAGGGAGUCCACAGCAGCUCCAGAAGCAGCUGGCAUGAACAUCCUGCAGGACCCCUGUCCGUGGGUCACCGUUUAGGCUUCGGGUGGGCUCAGCCACACCCAUCGGUUUAGAGACGUUCAGGCCAAUGACGUUAAACACACACCACCUCAAGACGUGAACGCCCGUGAUAUUUAAUCCAUACUAACGCCAGCCUGGCCUGGCUCUCUAACAAACCUUUAAGGCGGUUGACCAGAACGAUAUUUCAUCUUGAGAAAUCCUAUGAUUCGCUAUGGGCUAGCCCAUUGGUCUUGCUGUGGGUUUUGCUAGUUCUUCUCAGGUGGUCUUUUUUUUUUCAGUCUGUGGGUCUCUUAGAGGCACUUUUAAGUAGGAGCGGCGUGGGAUUGACAGCUUCAGACGUGGACACCCCUGAUUCUCGACCUGCAGGUGACUGCAAAGGGAGACCGUGACUCCUUGUGCGGAUCCAGCCUGCCUGCCGCUCCUCUCUGACUCUCACCCGGAUGUCCAGAUCAGGCCAGCUGCCAAGGAACAUUUCCUUUGUGGGACUUCUCGCUAACUCCCGUCACCUGUCCGCUCCAAGCUCACCAGAGGUCUUAUUCCAGGUGAUUUCAGGCACGGGGUGAUCCGCGUUCCCUGUGGGCUGCUGACCUCCAAGAGCGAUGGCCAUGAACCUGCAGCCAGAGGUCACCUGCCCAAGGUGCCUGGACUUCUUCGCCAACACGUACCUUCUGCCCUGCACACACUCUUUCUGCCAGCGCUGCAUUCAGACUUCCCUGUCCCUAAGCGGGGAACUGGUGUGGGUCUGCCCUGUGUGCAGAGCAAUCAGCCAGACGAACCCUUUCCACGGCCCACAAAUGAUGGCAGUGGAUGCGCCUGGCCUGCCCCAGGGGCCUUUCCUGGAGGAAGGACCUUUCGCCUUUGAGGAACCCCUGAGGUUCCGAGAGGGCGUGACCCUGGAUGCAGCCACUUCCCACUCCCUCCUUGUCGUCUCCCAUGACCUCAUGAGCGUCCGCUGUGGGAAGGUCUUCAACCACCCCGCAGGAGACCCCGGAAGGUUCACCGAGAUGCCCUGCGUCCUCAGCGCCCCUCCCUUCCUUUACGGCCCCCACUACUGGGAGGUGGAGGUGGGAGAGAGCAGGCAGUGGUCUCUGGGUGUCUGUCUGGAGUCUGUGGACAGAGAUGAGACCAGCACUUCCGAUAGUGCUGGGUUCUGGGUCAUCAGCAUGAGGUCAGGGGGCAUCUACAGCAGCUCCUCCCCAGACCACGAAAUCCCUGCCUGGCCCGGCCUUCACCGCGUUGGCAUCUUCCUGCAUGUGAACAAGGAAAGAGUCCUCUUUUUUGAUGCCGUCCGUAAGACCCUCAUCCACCACGAGGAGGACAUCCACAGAGGCAAGGAGCCUCUGUGCGCCUUCUUCUGUCCGGAGGAGCCCAGAGAAGCUGACUUCGGCACUCCCUUGACCGUCGUCUAUCCAUGAGGCACUCCCACCUCCCAUUCUCUCCGGGAAGUCCGUGAGAGGACAACCUGAGAGACACCACUCUGACCGGGAGGGGGGGACAGACAAUAUGCUACACUGGAAAUACCC